CGCGGGCGCGGGGCGGCGCGCCAGCACCAUGGACAGCGCCCGGCUGCUCGCGCUGCUCGGCGCCGCCCUGCUGCUGCUGCUGGGCGCCCGCGGCCAGGACCAGCCCCGGGCCGAGCCCCUGCUGCGGCCCCGCGCCCUCGACCUCUACCCCGCCGCCGAGGACGCGUCCCACGAGAAGGAGCUGAUCGAGGCGCUGCAGGAGGUGCUGGAGAAGCUGAAGAGCAAGCGGCUGCCGCUCUACGAGAAGAAGUUCGGGCAGGUGCCCAUGUGCGACGCGGGCGAGCAGUGCGCGCUGAGGAAGGGCGCCCGCAUCGGGAAGCUGUGCGGCUGCCCCCGGGGAACCUCCUGCAACUCCUUCCUGUUGAAGUGCCUGUGACGGGCUCCCCGCCAAGCACCGACCCCGCCCGGCCUGGCGAGCGCGCCCUCGGGAGCCCGCGGGGACACGUCCCUGCAGCUCGUCGUGCCUCGCGGCGCCCGCGCCAGCCCGCAGCCCGCCCCGCCUGCCGGGCCUCGUCCUCCGCCCCCACCUCCCGCCUGGAGUGCGCGCCCUGCCCGCCUGUCCGCCGCCCGCCACGAGCUGAGCUGGGGCUUGUUUUCUAAUGUCCCAGUGGAGACUAGAUGUAGGGAAAGCCGGGCUUCGCUGAGGGGAAACAGCCACGGCAAGGAAGGGGGGGAGCACGCCUGCCCCGUGCCCCUCGGAAUCCACUGCCUCUUUGCCUGGCAGCCCCGCAGCCUUGCAAUGGCAGCACUGGCGGCAGCGCCUUUGUGUGGCAAGGGAGCAGCAUGGAGACGCCGGUUGUUUGACUGCUGCUGUGAGCCCCACCGCCCAACGCUGAUGUGAAGUUCCCCAGGCUGGAAGAAUGGAGGGACUUGGGAAUGUGUUAAGGACGGGGCGGGGUAAAUGGGGUGGAGGGUGGAGAAAAGCUCCCAUGCUAAACAGUGAGCCUCUUGGCAAAUGAAGCAGUGUUCUCUCUAGUUCCCCUUGGUCUGGAGGGAUGGUUGCUUCUGCUUGAACCUCAAAAGUGUGUGCGUGUGUAUAUGUGUGCGUGCAUGUGUAAAGGCUGAAAACCAGAACAUACAGGAGUCCUCCAGUUUUCCUCAGAGACGCAGAGGAACCUCUAUGUGAAAGACACCCUGACUCCAUACCUUCCUUCAGUGAAGUACACAGGAACAGCAGCAGGAGUUUCAUACAUCUGAGGGCAGAUUUGAAUCCUCUCUGUAGAUUUAAGGCUGACAAUCCGACAGUGUUAAUUAAGAUGUGAGAUGAUCUUACAUUCAUUUGGGCACCUUGGCUGAUCGAGUGACAUCUUUUUUCCGGGUAAGCAAGUGCUUCACCAGGGCUAUUGCAUAGAGAGAAUUUGUUGAGAACCAUUACCAAAUAAUGGAGAAUGUUUCACAAAUAUUUAAAGGAAACGAUUCAUGUAGUUCUGUAACAGGUGUACAGCUCAUAAAUAUGUAUGAUCUACAUGUUUCAAAACUGUCCUACAUGUUUCAAUAAAGUUAUAAUGUGUUUUAAUCCUUUAUUUAGUCCCUGUUAAUAAAGUCAUUGUUACAAAAACAA